CUUCCCUCCUCCGCUAACUCUAAGCCGGGGAUCGGGGUGAUGCAGCCGGGUGUAGAGCCGGAUCCGGGCACAGGAGCAGGAAGUGGACCUUGUCAUGCUGUGUCUAAUCUCUGGAUUGCUGGUACAUGUAGUUCACCUCGUCGCCCGGUCUGAGUUUGUAUCCGCGGUCAGUGAUGUCUCUUAUAAUUAUGAGAAGAUCGAUCUUCCGGAUGAACACGUUCCGUCCUUUCUGUACAAUAACCCGGACGUGGCGGCCCUUUGCUCCCAGGAUCCUCGCUGUCCCUUCAGUGAGCACCUGACCAAUCAGAAGUCUUGCUGGGGCUACGAGGAGUCAUGCAGGAAGGAGCACAGGUUCGACUAUCCGGUCUGCGGCAAGGUUGACUAUGGUUGGGCAAAGAACUUAGAGGAGGCUCAAGAAGUGUUCUGGAGACAGGCCGACUUCGGUUACGUGAAACAGAGGCUCAAUGAGAUGCAAGUUUUAUGUCGUCCCCGUGUGCAGGGUGACUCCCUAUUGACCUGUUCUGACAACCUGCAACACUGCAGAGCCACCAACCUCUACCUGGACUUGAGGAAACCUAGAAGAGGCCCUGACAGAUUUAAGGAGGAUUUCAUCCAAGAUGGUGAAAUUGGAGGCCACUGUGAACUGGACUCGGAGAAGCUGCAUUCUCAAGGUCACCGGAAGAGCCCCUUGCAGUCUUGGUUUGCAGAACUGCAGCCAUACAGCUCUUUACCCUUCAGACCUAUAGAGGAUGGACACUGUGACAUCAUAAUCGAAAAACCCACAUAUUUCAUGAAGCUGGAUGCAGGUGUUAAUAUGUAUCACCACUUUUGUGAUUUUGCCAAUCUUUACAUUACACAACACGUGAACAACUCGUUCAGUACUGACAUCCAGAUUGUCAUGUGGGACACGAGUUUCUAUGGCUAUGGCGAUUUGUUUGGUGAGACGUGGAAAGCAUUCACUGACCAUGAAGUCGUCCACUUGAAGACAUACGAUUCCAAGACGGUCUGCUUUAAGGAUGCCGUGUUCGCACUUCUCCCCAGAAUGAGAUACGGGCUGUUUUACAACACGCCUCUGAUCUCACACUGCCAGGGCACCGGAUUGUUCCGAGCCUUUUCCCAGCAUGUGCUUCACCGGCUGAAGGUCCCCCAAGAAACAUUAAAGGAGGAAAAAAUCCGAGUCACCAUUCUUAUACGUAGCACGGAGUACCGAAAAAUAUUAAACUUAGACGAGCUGGUUGACGCAUUGAAGACGGUUCCUCUGUACCAGGUUCAUGUUGUGGAUUACAAGUACAGAUCUCUUGGAUUCCUCGAACAACUACGGAUCACACAUAAUUCAGAUAUAUUUAUUGGGAUGCAUGGGGCCGGCCUGACGCAUCUGCUCUUUUUACCAGACUGGGCCGUUGUAUUUGAGCUGUAUAACUGCGAAGAUGAGAGGUGUUACUUGGACUUGGCGAGGCUUCGAGGAGUUCACUACAUCACGUGGGAGAAGGCCAACAACGUUUUUCCUCAGGACAAGGGACAUCACCCGACUUUGGGGGAGCAUCCGAAAUUCACAAACUACUCCUUCGACGUCGACGAAUUCAUGCGGCUGGUGGGCUCGGCUGCGGCUCACGUGUCCCGUCACCCGAAGUGGCCGUUUCGAAGAACGCGGGAUGAACUUUGAUAAUGGUCGGGAUCCAACAUAGAACUUCUCCACCUUUUACAUAACAAAAUUAUU